CAUCAUCAUCAACAACAACAACAACAAUGCCGGGAAAAGACAUAAAAGAAAUCGUACGCUUUCUUUUUUUAACGGUUUGCUCGACUUUUUAAAAGAGUGGCAUUUUCAUCAUAAUUAUAUCUUUAUGAAAUAAUUUCAUAUUACUAAUAUAUACUUGUUUAAUGUCAGGUGAUAACUGCUUACAUUUCGAAUAUACGAAACAGCUUCCUAGAAAUUCAGGAAAUGGUCUGCUUGUAUUGGUGAAGUUACAGUUUGUGCUGGUAAUCCUGAAAGCUGUGGUGUAUGGAGAUGAAAACAAGACUUACGAAUAAGAAAAAAUAAAUAUUAUCUGAUUGAAAUUUAUUUUAUCACGCUUUUAAUAAAAUGGCAGGGCAACAAGCAUUAAAUGAGCAUAACUUUCAAACAAUUAUAAGGAAGUCACAACUCAACCCUAAUCUGAAGUUGACUCUUACAGAUAAGUGUCUUAGGAAGAUAGUCGUUUAUUUCUUAAAUUCAAACGAUAUAUUGUCCAUAAUAGAAAAUUUCAAAUAUAAUGAUGACUUUACCGGAUGCCGUUCCGAACACAAAUUACAUUGGCGAAAUAGUGUAGAAGCUGGAGUAAAAAAUAAAGUUUCGAAACUUCCGUUGCCGGGGUCAUUGAAGAAGAAACUAAUGCUUUUAAUUAAACCUAUUAGUUUUGAAAUUCUGCGAUGGAAAACGUUUUUGGAAACGUUCAUAUCCAAAGAUAGAUACUUUUUUGAUAAAUCUAUUUUAAAGCAGCUUAAAUGGACAUGCGAGGGUGCGAUCGAUCAUCGCAAGACGGCGCAAGCACUCUUGCGUCUUGAUGUGUUUGAUGUCGAGAAACGAUACCGGCUGGCGUGCUUGUAUUGUUUGGAAGAGGACAUAAAACUUCUGUGGGAACAGCUGCCCGAAAAGAGGAAGUGGUAUUUUCACGGUGGCCACGAAAACUUUCGAAUCAGAGAGUUACAGAUGGAGUUCUACUGGCCUUACGUUCUGUUGGGGAAAGAAUCUCAAUUACCGACUCACUUGAAUUCUUCCUUCAAUAAAAAUGCUUUGGCACGUUCGGCAAGAAACGGCAAUCAAACGGUAAGCGAAUAUUUUUUUCGUAAACUGGCUGCCGAGGAACGAGAUUCUGCUUUGCUUGGUGCACUUGAGGCUGCCAUGUAUAGACAUGGAGGGAAGAUCGUGAAUUGGCCUGAAGCUUAUGUGCAAGUGAGACUUGGCGACGUCGCAUCUUAUUUACUCUCCUUGCUAAGUCCCGAACAACAAAUGCGACUUUUAAUGGAGAACCCUUGCGCCAUUUUGAAUCUCUUUCAGGAUUGGCCGUGGCACGAAGUGUUCCUGGACAUCAUGGAUAUGGUCUGGCCCUUCCUGCCUCAGGACCACUACGGCACUCUGAUGGAUGUCCUCAGGAAUUCAAAUUUCUAUUUCCCGAGUUUGUAUCAAAAAGUUUUUAAAGGUAGCCCUGUUCUUUUCAAAAAUUAUUUUGUGCAUCGCGAAAGUCGGAGUUGUAUUACAUUUCGUGAAUUUUUCAUUGACCAUGAUAUCGAGACUGUCAGAGUGAUUUUUGAAAAUCUAAAUCAUGGUGACUUGAUUUCACUUCUCUCUUCCGAAGUUUUUGUGAGUUUUUUCAAUCGCUGGGUGAUGAAUGAGUGGCUGGAUAUGAUUAAACUGUGCUUUCAGGUGGCCCCACUUUCAGAAACGGACAUUAAAACACUGAGAGCUGUUUAUGUGGAGUUCCUCGACUCACUCGGUAACUCUUCGUGUUCGUUGAUGGUAAAAAAAAAAUGGGAACCCGUCUUUACUUUCCUGGACAAUGUGGCUUCAUGUAACAAGAGGAUUUCGGAAGGUAAAACGCCGACAGAAGUUAAAAAACUCUGCACUGAAGAAGAAAAGAAUGAUACUGAAAAGUGAACUGUGCUUUGUUUCUUACGUCAAGCGGGAAAAAAAAUGCAAUUAUUUGAACUUUUGUUGUUUGUUUUACAGUGAAUCUUUCGUAAUGUGAAGCUGAUGGAAUUACAAUGAUGAUUUAAUUGAUCCAUAAUUUUCGAAUUGAAAAACAAGCCUGGGUCUAAAAACUAGUAUGGCGUAAGGAAACAGUAUAUUUGAAUCUAAAGAUUUAUUUUUACGAUCUAUCUAUCUAUAUUUUUAUUAAUUUAACAAUUAUAAUGAAUAAUUAGACCUUUCUAGGGUCAUGGGAAGUAUGCUUCCCACCAAAUUUACCAAUUUUUUAAUGGGAUGAUGUAGGUUGGCAUAAGUUCUGACAAAUUUUUCCAUAAGACAAAAUCCAAGAUGCUUCACCUACUAAUCUCAUACAAAAUAAUUUCUUAAUUAGUUACGAAGAUAUUAAUUAACCUAUUUAAUUAAAAAAAUUAUCUAAUAAGCUAAAUGAAUCGCUUUUCUUAAGCCUAUCUCAAUCCUAAAAAUAUUUUAAUAUGCCAUGACUAGAAAAAAGUGGCCUUUUAAAGGGUGAAAUAAACAAUAAGUAAUUUUAUUGACUAAUAUAAUAAUAAUUAUAAUUACAGAAAAUUUAGUAAUUUUGAAAAUAAGUUCAAAGAAUAGUAAGCAAUUUUAAUAAUGUAACUACGUAAAACGUUUUGAAUGAAAUAAGGUGCACUAAAACUUGAAUAGAGCAGUUCAUAUCUAACAAAUUCAAAGAUUUUUAACGGUAUAAAAUUGUAAACUUUUUUGUUAUUAUUUUCUUUAUAGGUAACUUUUUUUUUAUUAUUCAAACAUUUAUAAAAACCCCGUGCACCACAAAGUAUCACAUGGGGCUUACAGAAGUAAGUAUGCAACACAUUACAUAAAGAAAAAAAAAAGGGAAAAUUUACCAGCUAUGAAGGAUUACAGAUGUCAACAAUAAAUUUACAGAAAUUUUCAAUAACACUUCUAGUGGAAAUAAGUUGGUGAAAAUCUUGAGGCCAAUUUAUGUUAAUGUCCUUGAGAGCCAGUCUUAGGAUCUGUCUUUCUAUUGAUAACAUUGUGUACCAAUAAAAUUGUUGAGUGAAUUAUUGAUUUUUAUUUGUUUAAUAACAAAAAUUUAAAUAAUUUUUUUGCAGUUUUUUAUUUUGACACUGAAUUAGCUAAUAUAAAUUUGAAUUAUGGAUGAUAUUUUAGCAUCAUAUUUGCAUGAAAUUCAAGGAUUUUAAGAAGAAUUCGAUUUUAAAACACUCGAAUUAACCUAGUUCCUAUUGAUAUUAUGCAUUUUUUGAACGUCAUUUAUUUACAUCUUGAAAAUAAAUUCAAAAGUGAAAAAAAAUUACUUAAAUUCUGCAUUUCAGAUUUCUUUAGAAAUUUCGCCAUUAAAGCAGAAAUUAAACCAAAUAUUUAACUCAUGUCAAUACUUUUUUGGGUUGAAGUGUUGUUUAGUGUACCCUCCCCCCCCCUCAAGUUUGUCGCCAAUAUGGCAAUCCAACGAAACGAUAUUCUAGCGACCCUAAUGCUGUUUUGUUUGAACGAGGAAAAUGGGAGGAAUGUGUACCAAAAUUCACUUUUCUUAGUGUCCAAACCCAGCUCGCGAAAGUAUCCCGCUACGUAUAUACAUAUAUAUGAGCAAUACAAUCGUACAUGUGAUUGGCUAACGUGCAAACGUGAUUAAUUGUGUAUGUUUACAUUUCGGAGAUAAACAAUAAACGUAUGCCAGAUUCUAUCUGAUUAAUUUUUAAACCACUGCUAUCUCUCGUCUAAAAUAAUGGUUUGAAUUUACACCGAAGUGUGAAAGAAUUUCUGAUAUAUGUAGGAUGGUAAACAUAAAAAUAGUUCUUUUUAUCAUGUACGUAAUGUUAUUCCAUUUACAUUAAUUUACAAAUUUUUAGUAACAUGUGGGACGAUUAUGAUUUAAAGUACAUUUGAAUGUAUCGCCAAAUAAGUAGUAUAUUUAGAUGAUUAAUUUUUUAAAAAUUUAUUUCAAAAUUUUUGUUUUUUAGUGAUUUUUUUUUCUUGCAGAACAUGUAAAGGAUGCUUUCUAUCAAUAUCAUGUUUUCACAAGUGUUGAAUCGUCAUUUUCGACAAUGAUCAUCAUCUUCAUAUUUAACUAUCAGAACUUUAUUGCUGCAGAUAUCCAUAUUUUCUCAAUUUUUGCUUUCAUCUCUUUACUUCCCCCCCCCCCUUGUUUCAAUAACACUUAGAGUUCCUUUAAGCUCAACUAAUUGUUGACAUUCUUAUUAAAUACUAAUUUUACCUAAUUACUACAUGACAAGUCGUAAUAAGCUUUACCUUUUAUUUAUUUCUUUUGCAUUCAAAUAGAAUAUGGAGGGGGGAAAAUACUCGUAUAGUGAACACAUUCAAAAUGAAAAAGAAAAUUUGGAUUUUGAAAAUAUAAAACCAAUACUUUUUUUUAUUUUUUAAAAUCAACUACAUAGACACAGACAUUGAUUUCUAUUAUAUAGCAAUUUCAGCGAUUUUGCGAUUCUUUUGAUAUAAAUGAUCAAGAUCAAGCAUCUCAUACAUGUGUGAAUUUUUGAAUUGUUUGUGUGUGAAUUUACAUUGAAAUAUUUCAACACCAUCUUCUUUUACUUUAUUUCAUAUUAACCAUUUUAAAAUAUAUGAAAAUUUCAA